GUGAAAUCGUGCCGUCCGUCAGUGCGAAAAAUCAUCUGCCGAACUUCUCCGACGGACGACCCGCCAGUCAGAUUCAUUAGGAAAAGGUUUUGAUUAGGGGCAAAUUUUUGGAUUUGCUACCGGAUUAUUAAUUAGAUUAUCAUCGGAAAAAAGUUUCCGCACCAGGAAUAAUGUGGUCCGACACGCUACUGAUUGUCUUCAUAUCCGUUUGCACGGCAUUUCUCGGUGAAGGAUUAACCUGGUUGAUGGUCUACCGGACAGAAAAGUACCAGAAGCUGAAGGGCGAAGUCGAGAAGCAGAGCAAGAAAUUGGAAAAGCGUAAGGAAACUCACGGCGAUUCGCUGGACAAGUCGCACAAGAAAAAAAUCGAGAGGGAUGAGGAAAAACUCAAGAACAACAACCGGGAUCUGUCGCUGGUCAAGAUGAAAUCGAUGUUUGCCACGGGGUUUGCCUUCACGGCUUUGCUCAGUAUGUUCAAUAGCAUCUUUGACGGUCGUAUAGUGGCUCGGUUGCCAUUCACGCCCAUCUCCUGGAUCCAGGGACUGAGCCAUCGCAACCUGCCCGGGGACGACUACACCGAGUGCUCCUUUAUCUUCCUGUACAUCCUGUGUACCAUGUCCAUUCGCCAAAACAUCCAAAAGUUGCUGGGAUUCGCACCGUCGCGGGCGGCUAGCAAGCAAGCCGGUGGACUGUUUGGACCUACGCCAGGCCAGUUCAAGUAGGGCCAUAGUAGUCGAAGGCAAUGCUAUUAUUUGGUUUGAGUUUGUUAAGAGAUGAGAGGCACAGAUCUAAUGCCUAUUUAGAAGAUUCACAUUGUGAGAAAAACUUUUUUUCUUAGGCCAAACAACACAUCAACCUAUUAUUUAUUAGACAAGAUGAAGUUUCUUUCUCCUAAUUGGUGUUUUCGGAGGCAUGCUCAAUCAUCGGAAGUUAACAAUCAUUCUCAUUUUCAAAUGAAAUUGUGCCACCAUAAGGCGGUAAUGUACAUUUUAAGACGUAGCAGUGCAAGUAAAAUAGAUUGAAAGUAAAUCGUUUGAACGUA